AGUCCCGUCCUACCUCCCGACACUUCCGGCCUGGGUGGCUGGGGCGUCCGCUGACGGGGCGGUGGCAGGUUCGGCUAUGGUGCUGCUGGAGAGCGAGCAGGUGUGCGCGGGCGCGCUGGCCGCUGCGGGGCGGAGGCGGCGCGGGGCACGGGGCCGAUUCCUGACGGAGCUGACCAGGCUUUUCCAGAAGUGCCGGCUGUCGGGCAGCGUGUUCAUCACCCUGAAGAAGUAUGACGGUCGCACCAAGCCCAUCCCCAGGAAGGGCUCCGUGGAGGGCUUCGAGCCCGCGGACAAGUGCCUGCUGCGAGCCACUGACGGCAAGAAGAAGAUCAGCACGGUGGUGAGUUCCAAAGAAGUGAAUAAGUUUCAGAUGGCUUAUUCAAACCUGCUGAGAGCCAACAUGGAUGGUCUGAAGAAGAGGGACAAAAAGAGCAAGAGUAAGAAGAGCAAAGCAGCACAGUGAAGGACCCCAGAUUUCUUGCUUUCACCAACCACUGAAUUUCUAUGCUUUCUUUUGGUUCCCUUAUAAUAACUUUUCAUCAUUUUGGAUGGAAGAAUGCUGUGUUUUAAUGCUGUAGGAGCUUUGUUUAUUGUGAAUGCUCCAUAGGUCUGUGUUGCUUAGUUAUAGAUUCCUGGAUUACAUUUUAAAGUCUUUACAGCCAUCUGUAUGAAGAGCAAUGUAUCAUUAAAUUUGUCUAUCAAUGCUGACUCUCUCCCCCCCCCCACUCCAUUUAAUAGUUUCUAGCAAUAACUACUGAUUUGGAAAUUGUGUGAUUCUAGAUAGAAUUUAGCUCUGUCUCCUAACCUAAUGGAUGAUUUUAUAAAAUGUUGUGGUAUGAGUAUUCUUAGUAUUUGGCUAUAUAAUAAUUUGGUUGUAAUACUUAUGGUUCCUUUAGCAAACUUGAGUAUUUACAACCAAAUGACUUGCUUAACCAUGAGCAUAUUACAAAAUCACCAAGAAUAAAAAUUUCUGCCCUGGGGACAUAGUAUAAUUAUACAUUCUUGCCUGAGGCUGCUAGGUUCCAUGUUCAAUCCAACACUACUAUAAGCCAGAGCUGAGCAGUGCUCUGGUUUAAAAUAAAAUGUCCAAGUUAA